CAAUUACUACAUCUCCACAAACAACUACUAAAACUUCACAAACAACUACUAAAACUUCACAAGCAAACAAUUACUACAUCUCCACAAACAACUACUAAAACUCAACAAACAACUCCUAUAACUCCCAAAACAACUUCACAAACAACUACUAAAACUCAACAAACAACAAUUUUACAAACAACUACUACAACUCUACAUGCAAUAACUACUACAGCUAGACCAACAACUACUGCAACUCCACAAACAACAACUACUACAACUCCACAAAAAACGACUUUUACAACUCCACAAACAACAACUACUACAACUCCACAAACAACAACAAGUACAAGCACAACGACAUCUGUUGCAAACCCUUCAACAACGGCAACGGUUAGCCUCAGUACGACUGUACUGGUAACAACGUUAAGUGUCACGACACCAAAUUCGAUACAAGAUGCAGCUACCUUAGUCACAACAUCAUCGAUAGCAAACGGCGGAGUUUCCACAACGACCGAACAAGACAGAACGUCAGCAGUGACGCAGAUGACAACAACUCCCAAAGCUAGUACAAUUAACACUAAACCCCCAUCUAGUACACCGGUUGUUAGUAUGUGCGAAACUGAGAAAGACUCUCACGGACUCGAGUGGGCGAGCACUCCGCCAACCAGCACCAGUACACAGCCGUGUCCUAAGCAAUAUGAAGGUAACGCCACUCGUUAUUGUUCACAAACGUCUAUUUGGGGCACACCAAGCCUGAUUCGAUGUAAGAAUAAGCAGUUGGUUUCACUGGCGCAAACGUCGGCUACCCAGAACUUGGAUCUGGAAAACAGUUUAAAUAAUCUGUCAAACAUCGCUAGAAACACCAAGCUGGUGGCUGGUGAUAUUGAUCUGACUAUCGACAUUCUCAAACAGCUUGUAGAAGCACUGAAGACCAGUAAUAGUUCUCAACCGUCUAACACUACAGAAAAACUACUUUUGGUGAUUAUGGACACAGUUGACUAUAUUUUAAAUGCAGAGAUGAAGGAAUGGCUGGAACUCUUAAAACAUAACAUGUCGGGAGCCGGUGCUGCGAUGUCACUGUUGGAAAAGAUUGUUAUGACGGCGAGCACUCGCCUGAAAAACGCGAUGGAUGUCGACUCAGAGGGAAAACCUAUUAACACUGAACGCACGUUCAAUGGUUCGAAUGUGUAUCUGGUGUACGGUCGUAUGAACUCUGGAACCAUCCGGUUCCCGUCGACCUCUCACAUAGAUACUGGCGACUCAUCAUGGCUCAGCGACAUGAACACGUGGUCCGAGCUACCGCUCGUGUUCGUCGAUGUCGAUCCUAGGAGUACGGAGUUCGUUGGUUAUGGUGGCAUACUCUAUCGAAAUAUCAGUGCACUGCUACCUCAAGAAAGGAAUUCCGAGGCCGGUGACUCGUGGGUCGGGAACAGUGCGUCAUGGGCCAUCAACAGUCCCGUCUUGUCUCUUUCUCUAGAACCCAACCUAACACAGCGGUUGUCUAAACCUCUCAUCAUUUCAUUUCAACACACACAGACCAACCUCGGCAGCCCGGCAUGCAGCUACCUGAGUUACGAACAUUUCCAGGUAAACGGCAGGUGGUCAUCAGCUGGGUGUUCUGUGAGGAAUACCUCCGACUCACAGACUGUAUGUGAAUGUAACCACCUCACCAGCUUUGCCAUCCUCAUGACAAACAUGACGCAGGCUGCCGUUCAUCGUGACAUUCUGAGUAAGAUUACGAUGGUGGGUUGUGCCGUCUCUAUUCUCUGUUUGUCUGUGACGAUCGCCUCGUACCUCUUUCUCUGGAGAUAUGUAAAGUCUGAUCCGGCCAUCAUCCUGAUAAACCUGUGUACAGCUAUGAUCAUAGCUCACAGUCUGUUUGUGUUCGGGGCGGAUCGCACAGAGAAUAAGACUGAGUGUACCGUGAUCGCGGUGUUGAUGCACUACUUCUUCCUGGUGGGGUUCGCGCUCAUGUUGGUGGAGGGUAUCGACGUCUUGCUCAGCGUCAUCACCGUCUUCAAGGUCACCUCCAGGCUCUUCAGGUUGCUCGUAUUCGGAUGGGGUUCUCCGUUACUAAUAGUCGGCAUAUCUGCUGGGAUCACUGAGCUCAAAAGAUAUGGAAACUCACGCGCGUGUUGGUUAACCCAGGAGAACGGAUUUUUGUGGGCAUUCCUCGGACCAGUACUGGCUGUUAUUGUGAUCAACAUGAUAAUUGUUGUAAUGGUCUUGAAGGCAAUGUUCAGAGAGAAGUCCAUAGGCCGGAAGACGUCGUUUGAAAAAGCGAGGACAGGACUUCGCGCUGUAUGCGUGCUGGUGCCGGUGAUGGGGCUCACGUGGCUGUUUGGCGUGUUCGCCAUCAACAACAACGAAGAAGUCUUCCAGUAUUUGUUUACGGUGUUUAACUCGUUCCAAGGCUUAUUCAUUUUUAUUUUCCACUGCGUCCUUUCCAGACAGAUAAGAACGGCACUGAGAACUAAGAUACGUCGCUACCAAGCUCACAGAUGGAAUUCCUCUGGGUCAAAGUUUUUCUCGCACACCUCGCAGCGAACGAAACAAAACCUGACCUCCAAGAGGAGCAACGCGUCACAGAAAAUAAAAUUAGACCAUUCGCAGGAGCCAUCAGGAGAAUUUACCAAAGUAAAUGUCAAUAUAUCCGAGUCAACGUGCAUGCCUGGUUACAAGUAUGAUUUGCGAGCUCUGGACGACAGUGGGAUAUACUCCAACAGUAACUGUUCCGAGCCGGUCACGCCCACUGCUGGCGUCAUCAACGUCGCCUUUACAGAUUCGUCGGUUGACGCGUUUUAUUUAAAGCAAAGUGGUCUCCCUUCGACACACUUCAAAGGCGUGAAAAUUUCGUCUGUCAAAUCUAAAACUGGUGACGACAGACAACAUAAUUCAUUUGGCAACAAGGUAUCACACACAGUCAGCAAUUUACCCAAAUGCACCAAGUUAGAAAGUGAAAGGAAAAGUACACCUCAAGCUUACUGUGAAUUAUCUAGCCCAGUCCCCUGUCAGCUGAAACCUGCGUCCAGUCGGUUGUAUCAACGGAGAGCCCUGCAGCACCAUCUGCCUAGGCUUGAACUAUCCACUUCCACUGGACAGCGCAAUUAUUAUUCACUACCACGUCCAUCCACACCGCCGCCCCCGUUCAGUUCGCCUAAUUCUACUGGACAACGCAGCUGCCAGUCACAUUCCAGUCCAUCCCCAGCGCCGCCCACGUUCAGUUCGCCUAAUUCUAUUGGACAACGCAGCUACCAGUCACAUUCCAGUCCAUCUCCACCGACGACCAAAUUUGAUUUUACUGGUCAUUCAUUUUCACAUCCAUCCUCGCAGACGCCCAAGUUUGUUUCGCCUGGUUCUAUUGGUCAGCACGCGUGUCAUUCACCCACAAGACCAACCUCACCGACUGCUGAAGCAACAAGACAUCUGCCAAGUGGGAAUGUUAGGUUCAUGGAUAAAGGAAAGUUUGCCAGCGAUUUAGAACAAAAGGUAAAAGAGAGAAUGACGCGACUGGAGCAGAUAUAUGGAGCCGCUGAGACGAUUUGGCCCAAACGUGCACACUGGGACAAUGCAGUGACGGUCGCUAAAGGCGUGCACAGACAACACCUCAGCCAUUUAUCGACUCUGCAGCAUAUAAAGGCGAGAGCGAACUGGCAGAAGUUGAAACGUCUAUUGUUUCGAUCUCGCGACUCGGGGCGGUACAGUGUGGAUCACCAGUGGGACGCUGCGCCCACUCUCAGGGACCUGUCCAUGCACGGCACCUUCCAUCCGUUUGGAGGCAUCAGACUGCCCAGUCCCACGGGACCACACGGUGUUUUCAAUUGGAGUGAGAGUCCUUUUGAGGGCAGCAUAAUACACUGGGAUUAACGUCGGUCACUCAGUAACAAAAAUACGUUUUUUAAAAAUGACAAUUAACACCCCCCCCCAAAAAAAAAAAUGUACAAUUGCACCAGUCAGACCUUGUCUUAACUGAUCAACUAAUCAGACUUGUCUUCACUGAGCAAUUAAACGAGGUCCUGAAUGACCGACCAGAUAGAUAGAUAGAUAGAUAAGUAGUUUAACGUGCCCAUAUACCACUAGGGUUUCGAACACGCCCAUCCAGAGUCCGACCUCCGAUAAGAUCGGUGGCCUGACUCGGGAUGGGGGAGGG